AAACAAAAAUAUAAACAAUUCCUCAAUAUUUGAGAAAAUCUGCGAAAAUCCACAAAGAAAAGGAAGAAAAGUGAUAAAAUGGAAAAACAAUCUUCUUACGUGUAUUCUAAACUUGUGAAGGAGCAAUUGCAGCUGGCAAAAACACGAAAAGUCCUUGAAGAUAUGCUAAAGAGCAUAAAUAAUAAUCUCAAUGCAGCUUUGGUGGAACAACUCCAAUUGGCAGCAACACAGGUGUCCUCAACAUCAAGUACAUGCGAAGAAAAUCGUGAGACCUCACCCGAGCCCCCUGUACCGGGGAAGCUAAAUGAUCACGUUAAAGAAGUUAAAGACAUCAUCCACGAGACACUGAACCUGGAGAUAGAUCAAAGAGGAAGCCAAAUGGAUGAGGAAGAAGAUGAAGAAUCCGACUAGAGAGACAACAGGAGCUGGGUGAGAAGAGAGAUAAGACUUCUUUUCUUUAUUUAUUUUGAAUUGCCAAUGAAAAUUGAUUUUGUAAUGUGAAAAUCCAUUAAAGUCAUCUCAAAGAUCACUUCAAGGUGAUUUGAACGACAAUUACAAGAAAAUGGUUGAAGAAUUCUUGGGAUAGCUGAUACAGGAUGAUUGUACAUCAAUUGAUCCUUUUAAGGACACUUUCACUCAAUUUCUGAAAUAUAAUGGUAUUUUCUUACGAAUUACCAAGAUUGAAAAUAUUUUGACUUCUUUUCAACGUUUACAACAUUUUCUAAACAUCAAGAAGUUCCUUUUUUUAAAAUAAUUUUUUUUAAUGCUAGAGACCUCAUUUGGGCAAAUUCUUAAUGACUACUUUUCAACUCAGGAGCUUUUUCUUUUUAAAUAAAACGAUAUUUUUGACUUUAUUUAUAAUCAAAUCGAAUAGGUAUUUCAGGUGAUAAUUGGAAGCUUUCCUUUUAUUGGUUCUUAUCAGAAAUACUACGAGAAGGAAAAUUACAAAAAUCGUACGUGAGUUUAUUUUGGGAAAAACCAAUCGAAUCAUACUUUUUGUUCACUGCCUCCAAAUUUGGUUAUCAUGCUUAUCAGGUUUUAGGCUAAGAUAGCUAAAUCGGGAUAGAAAUCAUCCAAUAAAACCCAAAAGUCUCUGAUAGCAAGAUAUUUGUAAGAAGAACGUUAGUAGGAAUAAUCAGUUUGAUAAAGCAGCUGGGAGAGGUUGCUAAUCUCCUGGAUUUCCAAUUAAGUACCUACCUAAUUGAUUGCCUUGUUUUGGCUGGGCGCGAGAAAGCGCCACCGUUUUUAGAUAAAACGCCUUUGAUUAGAUUUUUUGUCAUAUGGGCUACCUAUAUUAAGUAUAAAAGACCUACGGGCUUCUAUGCAAAAUAUUCAGUUUGUGAGUUGCAGCUAAAAGAUGUACAAGCUAAGUUUGGUUUUUGCUUUCCUUUUCCUGGGCGUCGCCCUCUGUGAAGUUACGGAAUUUGGCUUCAAUCCCGAUGAGGUCGAGCCUGUCUAUGAGAGUCCUCCAGGACCACGACCAUUGGGAGUCUACUUCGAACCCGAUGAUAUGGACGAUAACCCAGAAUUCCAGAGUCGUGUUGUUGGUGGAACAUCCGCCACAUCUGCUGCUCAAUUCCCAUACCAAGCUAGUUUGAGGACUGCUGCUAAUGCUCAUUUCUGCGGUGCUACAAUUAUUGGAACACGAACUGUCCUUUCGGCUGCUCACUGCACCGUUGGCCGUGGAGUUGGAGCCGUUCGUGUGGUUGUUGGAACUCACCUUCGUCUCUCUGGUGGCCUCUCUCAUGCCGUUAACAGGAUUGUGAACCAUCCAAGCUACAACGCCAACACCAUUGCCUUUGAUGUGUCCAUCGUUCAGACUACUGCCACCUUCACCUUCAACAACAACGUUCGCCAAAUUGGAAUUGGCUCUGCUCAUGUUGGUGGUGGUGUUACCGCUAUUGUGUCUGGAUGGGGCCAAACUUCUCAUCCUGGAAGUCUUCCCAACGCUCUUCAGUGGGCUCAACUUACAGUCCUCACCAACGCUAACUGCCGCAGCCGUCACACAGCUGGUAACGCCCAAUUGGUCUUUGAUCACAAAAUCUGCACAUUCACCCGCGUUGGACAGGGUAUCUGCAUGGGAGACUCUGGUGGCCCACUUGUGAUCGGUAGCAAUGUUAUUGGAAUCCCAUCUUGGGUCAUUCCAUGCGCUCGUGGCUUCCCCGAUGUGUACGAUCGUGUCUCCAGCCACAGGAACUGGAUCAUUUCGGUCAUGUAAACAACUGCAAACAAAAAUGACGACUCUUUCUGACUCCAAGCUACAACAAAACUUGUAGAAUUCUUGGCCUGUCUCUUGUGCACCAUAUAAUGAUAUUAUACAAAAUAAUAAAUACUUACAUAUAUUGAGAA